AUCGUCAAGCCUAAAGGCAUAGAUAAAGAUAAAGCUCGCAAAACAAACGUGCUAAUUGCUCAAUUUCAGUCUACGGCUUAAAAAGUUCAAAAUUUGCCGAUAGCACAUUCGGUUUUGUACAAAAAUCUAGCUAUAAAUGAAAAAUGGCGUUAAGAUCGCAGCAUGUGCACGAUGGUGGCGUUGUAGAACGACGGUUGCGGCCUGUAUAUGAUUGGCUGGAUAAUGGGUAUAAUAAAAAGGCUUUACAAGAGGCGGAAAAGGUAUUAAAAAAGAGUCCAUCGUUACAAGCGGCGCGAGCUUUGAAAGCUCUAGCACUUUAUAGGUUAGGUAGAGCCCAAGAGGCAGGAGCUGUGCUAGAUGCAUUGGUCGAGGAGAAGCCUAGCGAUGACACGACAUUACAGGCGAUGACAAUGUCAUUUCGAGAGUCUCAGCAAUUGCACAAAGUUUGUACCAUCUAUGAAAAUGCUGUGAAAAUAGAUACAACAAAUGAGGAACUACAUUCUCACCUGUUUAUGUCAUAUGUACGGGUCGGAGAUUUUCGAUCGCAGCAACGAGCAGCAAUGGCAAUAUACAAGUUUGCGCCAAAAAAUCCAUAUUAUUUCUGGGCAGUCAUGAGCAUAGUUUUGCAGGCCAAAGAAACAGAAGACACAACAAAAAGGAACAUUCUCCUCACUCUUGCCCAAAGAAUGAUAGACAAUUUUAUAUCUGAAAAUCGAAUGGAAGCCGAACAAGAGGCCCGCCUGUACAUAAUGAUAUUAGAACUACAAGAGAAAUGGGAAGAUAUAAUCAAAUUUAUAGAAAGCCCUUUGUAUGGACAACUUAUACCUGGUUCUAUAUCGCAAGCUUGUAUUCCGUAUUUGAAAAAGUUGGGUAGAUGGAAAAAAGUCAACAUCCUCUGUAAAGAGCUACUAUAUGAUAAUUUAGAUAGAUGGGAUUAUUACAUGCCUUAUUUCGACUCUGUCUUCCAUUUGAUGAAAGAGAAUAGCAACGAAGAAAAUAUAGACGAUACGGCUGAGAAAUGCCAUGAAUUUAUAUGUCAGUUAGUCGAAAGUAUGUCUUCCGGGCGAACAUUGAGAGGUCCUUACUUAGCCAGACUGGAAUUGUGGAAACGUUUGUCUGUCGAAGGAGAUCCGACAGCGUUACUCGGUAGUGCGUUGGCACUCUGCGUGCAGUAUUUAAGGGUGUUUGCAAGUAAACCUUGUGCUGUACCAGACUUGAAAGUUUAUUUAGCGAUGAUACCCCAAGAAGAAAGGGAGGCUAACUGCAGAGAUUUCCUGACAUGCCUCGGUUUCGAUGAAAACUCUGAACCAGAAACGAUGGACGACAUACAGCGUCACAUCUCGUGUCUGACAGCAUGGCGCCUGACAGCCCCUCGUCCUGGUACGACAGACGCCCUCCAGCUAGCCGCUACGCUCAGGAGGCAUUACCUCAGGUCCCUCGAGAAAAACAUGAUCAAGUACUCAACUACUGAGUUCUGUUCCGCAGAUAGCUAUGCGAUACUAGCGGCUCAUCAUUAUUUUUAUGCUGCAACAGAACAGAAGAGCUCAAAACCCAUCCUCGAAGCCUUGUGUUUGUUAGAAUUAGUAUUGUUGUAUUCACCAGCGAAUUAUCACGUGAAGCUUCUUCUAGUGCAACUGUAUCAUCUGCUAGGUAACGCAUUAGCGGCAGAUUCGAUCUACCGUCGCCUAGAGCUGAAGCACAUCCAGCUGGUGUCGCUGGGCUGGCUGCACACUGCGCGAGCGGACGCGGCCUGCGUGCCGACGCGCGCCCUGCAGCUGCUGGCCGACCUUAGGGCCUUCCACACGCACCACGCUAAGGAUCAGAGCAUCGAGCACAUGACGUACGCGUACAAGUUCGGCACGUUCGAGAAGGUGGUGGAGCUGCGCGCGUGGGCGGCGCGGCUGGAGGCGUGCGCGCUCUGUGCCGUGUCGGCGCGCCGCCGCGACCUGCUGGCGCUGCUCGCCGCCCCCGCGCCGCCCGCGCCCCCCGCGCCCCUGCACGCCGCGCACACCGACAACCGCGACCUGAACAUCAUCGUGAACUGGGAGCCGCCCGAGCUGCAGGAUCCUGAUUUGAGAUCUCGAACGUUCGAUCAGGAUAUGGCCUACCUCCGCUUGACGGACGCGCUGCUGUCCUCGGUCACGCUGUGCACGGAACUCGCCGAGAACAAACCGAUCGAAGAGAAGAUGCAACAUUACGAGCAACUGCGAACCUGCGUCGACACGUUCAGCGAAGCGAUGGAGAAAUGUACAGAGAAAUAUUGCGUUUACGAGAAGAUCACUAUAUCCGGACCGUUUCCUUCCAGGAUAAUUGGUUUCGUAAGUUCGCCGGUGCCGUAUCGGGAACUGUACUCGAUAACGCUGCGCAUGAUCGGCGAGCUGUCCAUGAACAACACUGACAAAGUGCACGAGCUGUGCGAUCAAGUCGUCGCCAUCAUUUUGAUUUCGUCAAAACUUAUCGUCCAAGAGAUCCGAUACGGCGCUGAAGACAACGGCUGGUCGAUGCGGGAUAGACUCGAGUCGCUGUCCAAUUAUUUACAAUCAAUCGGCGUGCUAACGUAUUUACUGGGCGUUUGCUACGAGAUGAUAACUCCGACGAACACAAAGAAAUCUAAGAAGAAAGCGAACCGCUCCGUCGAUCAGAUGCAAACGAUAAAAUUAAUUGACAACAUAAACGUGACGUUGCAACAGGCGAUCGCUUCGCUCGAGGAGCUCAUGGACCUCUGGCCUGACUACGACUUCUCGGUCGACCUGGAAGAAGAACUGACCAGAAUGAACAUUAACCCAACCGCACCCAGCCCGGUCGAGAAUAAACUGAAGCUAGGCCUCGACAAGAUAAUUGAAGACAUACAGAAUAUACUGAAACGAAAGACUGCUUAUUUGAAAGGCUUAAUACUAAAUACUAAUACUUAAUAGUGACAAAUUUUAGUUAUAACGUCAACGGUUCGAUUUCGCCUCUAUAUAGUUCAUUAUACAGGGUGUGUGGAGAUCAUUCUUUAAGGCGGUGUCUAGUGCUUCUUGAGGCGCGAAAAUUUCGCGAAUUUGUCGUUACUAGUCUUUAAUCAACGAUUCGAGAUUCGAUGAUGAUCACUAAACACCACAAAGUUUUUGAUAAUUUUUGUCUUUUGUUUUUUUUUAUUGACGCGUGACGAAGAAAACCUGUUCACAAAUUCGUUUUAAUGAUGCACACAUAAAAUGGAUAAUAGAUAACCAAACAAAAAAAUCUUGGUAUAAUAGCCGGCAAACUUCUUGAGCAUUUGUUGACGUAGUGGGGGUAAGUUUGCGCAUGGUAUACUCACGUGCAAAAACAUUAUUUACUCUGCGUCAUAAUGCAAUUAAAUUAUUAAAAUCAACAUAUGUAUUUUUUUAUAUAUUUAUUAGAACAUCAACAAAAAAUGUAGGUUAAUAAUUGUAAUAAUUUAAUCUUGGGGUAAAAUAGAUAUUCCUUCUAUUAAGUCAAAACUAGAGCUGUUGCCAGGUCUUGGUUCAGUUGAAGCGAAGCUGGUAUUUGUAUUUUUUUUUUCGUUAUCAUAAUCUUGACCAUUAUCAUCAUCACUGUUUUCAUCACCCGAGUCGCCAUCAUCGUGAUAAGUCGACAUAGGGCUCAUCGGUGUAGUUUACGACUCGGUCGGUUCGAUCUUCUUUUUUGUCUAUAAUUAAUUAUUUUUUGAAGAUAUUCGAUUCGUAGUAAUCGAAUGUUACUUUUUUCAAUUACCAGCUUCUGAUUAUUUUCUGUUUUUUUUUUCCAUCUGAAGCCUAGCUCUUUCAUAAUUCGUCGUAAACUUCAUUCCGAGCCAUUAAAAUGUAUAUCUUCUUUAAAAUUUUCGAAGCCUUUCUACGGUACGGAGUUUCGCUGCUUGUUAUGUAGUUAUUAUGAUUACAUCUUUUUAUUACAGAUUGAACGAAACUAUCCAUUCCGGUAACUUUCUUCUUCCCUGAUCUUUUCUUACCCGGAGUCCCAAGCACGAUGAGCAAGCCAGAGCCUUUAGCUUCGUUAAUAAUGCACCUAACAGUACUCACUGAUGUUUUUGUUGCUUCCGAAGUCUGUUUUACUUUUUCCAUAAUAUCAUUCUUCCCCUGUUUUAUAAUGAAGCAAUAUACGUCGUACACAAUUUUUCUACCCUCUCUUUUGAAUACUACACCGGUUUGUCGCGGCAUAGUGUAUGUUUUAUAAAAAAUCAACAAAUACACAACAAAUAGCAAUGGCAACAAAGUCCACAAGUAAUUAUAACAAAUAACUUAACGAUUAAUAACGAUAGACUUUAAUAAUAUAAUAACUUUCCACUGUACGCAAGCGUACUUUUGGGAGCAAGCGGAACGAGGGCGCGGUGCGGGACGCAAGGUUCGACUGAUCUACCAAUAACGCGCUCGAUACGAUUUCCCCUGCCGUCGCGCCUCACCCUCACCACCAAAGUGAUCUAAAAUUCGGUUCUGCGCAGUCAAGGUCAUUUGCUCAAGAUGUUUGCCGGUUACUAUACCUACACUAUUUUUUUUAUUUUUUUUUUUUAAUGCCCUUGCAGGCAGACGAGCAUACGGCCCACCUGAUGAUGAGUGGUUACCAUACACUAACAGAUAAGAAAAUCGUAUUAAACACGUUUUUGUCUUUGUCUUAUCGACCUUAACGACAGACGCCUUAAAAUUUAGAUUAAUAUUUUAACACUAACACGUUUACCUACGUUUUCCACUAGGGGCGCUGUUCCAAAUGCAUACAAAUUUGAGUUAACUUUUACGGUAUCCAGAACGUUAAAAAACUCGCACUAAGGGCACAACAGAUCGCUUAGUGUGUGUACCUUUUUUUUCCCUGCCUAUGCUGAUAGCCUUGAGAGGCUGUUUCAGCUUCACCAGAACGUGUAGGUGAGAUUACGGGGCUCAAACCGGAGUGUUGCCAACACUGGCCCUAGCAAGAGCCGUGCUUCGCAGAAUCUACCACCGGAUCGGAAACGCGACCUACUGAGAAGAUCUGGCGUGGAACUCAGUGGGCUGUGUCUAUGGGUAAAUUUACUCGUCGAGUCCUUCGUCGCAAGCGACGGGUUCGGCGAGGACGGCGACCGUUGCUUGUGGUGCCUAAAAGCACCAUUAAUUGAUCGGGAGGAGUGUGACACAAUGUUAUCAGUAUAGAUUUAUUUUGAAGAAUUACGAGAUAUGUCAUUCCGUAAACACUAAAGAUGGCACAUUAAACGAGACGAGAUUGGACCGUAAGUGUUUUGUGACACGCGUUAUGAAUGUAGAAAAUCGAAUGAGUGCGGACUUUAGUAUCGAUUUAAUAAUUAUAAAUUGUUUCGGUGAACAUAUCGUGUAAAUAUUUAUAUUAUUAUAUUUUAAUUUGUGUGUUUUCUGUUUAGUUAUCGUUUUCGCUGUAUAUGUAAUUUAAAAGUAAGUUAAAAGUCUUAAUUAAAAGUAUCGUGCCUGAAAAUUACUUGUAAAGUUGUGCGUAAUUUUUUGAUAUAAAAAAAUACAUGAAGUAUGAAAAAUGA